GUUCAUGAACGAUCUCACACUGGAGUCCGUCCGUUUAAAUGUGAUUACGAGGGCUGUGGUAAAGCCUUCGCUACCGGGUACGGACUGAAAUCUCACACGCGUGUUCAUACCGGGGAAAAACCCUACAAGUGUCCAGAGGAGGGGUGUGACAAGGGGUUCAAAACAUCGGGGGACCUACAGAAACAUGUCCGUACCCACACAGGAGAGCGUCCCUUUAAGUGUCCGUUUGAGGGUUGUGAGCGAUCUUUUACCACGUCCAACAUAAGAAAGGUUCACAUCCGAACUCAUACCGGCGAACGUCCGUACAUCUGUAAUGAGGAAGGGUGUGGCCGAGCAUUCGCCAGUGCCACCAACUAUAAAAAUCACAUCAGGAUCCACACAGGUGAGAAGCCUUACGUCUGUACGGUUCACGGCUGUGGUAAGCGGUUUACUGAGUAUUCCUCCCUCUAUAAACACCACGUGGUUCACACCCACUCCAAACCCUACCACUGUAAUCACUGCGGUAAGACAUACAGACAGACGUCCACGCUAGCCAUGCAUAAACGGACGGCUCACGGAGAAGAUACCACAGCGGAGUACGAGGCCCAGGUCUACAACGAACAGAUCUUCUCAAAAAAUGGUGAACAACCGCCAGAAAAGAGGGCGAAGUUUGAGUACAGCAUAGAGGCAAAGGAGGAGCAUGGGGAAACCCUGAUUCAGAAUGAGGCUGUCGUCAUCAACACAGAAACACAGAAUACACAGGAAUCUCUAUUACCCAAUGACCAGGUACCGCCCAGUGCUAACAUAGCCACCAUCACAAUGGGGGAGCACGGCCAGCAACAGGUGUUUGUCAUCACCGACCCGGCGCAGCUGGAGGCUCUACAGCAAUUAGCAGCACAGCAGCAACAGCAACAAAGAGACAGUAUGACUGAGACAACUGAUCAGCCGCUGACAACAUUAGGGGUAGAUCAAACAGGAGCGGAAACUCCAUCAGACCAGGUGUGCACCCCCUCAGACAUAAACCACCAAUCCACCGAGACUCUGACCAAUCUGGGCCACCCCGAGGACAUGUGUGACCCGAAGCUGGAGCCCGAGGGCAAUGUUGAGUCUGUGGUGUUAGAGACUGACUCAACCUAUGAAGAGAAAGAAAUCCUACAGAGUGUGACAGGUGGUGACAUAGUCACGGACAAUGAUAUCGUUACAGAGGGCCACAUGACAACAGAUGGUGACAUAGUCACAGAAAAUGAUAUUGUUACUGAGGGUGACAUUACAACAGAUGGUGACCUUGUUACGGACAAUGAUAUAGGUACAGAAGGUGACAUGACUGUGUCCGGAACCAUACAGGUCCUCGAGGAAACUGUGCAGACAUAAUCCAUAUUGUUGUUUAUUUAUUUCUUUAUUUGAAUAAAAUUUGUCGCUGUUUA